UAGAGUGAACAAGAGUCACUUGGAGAACAAAAGGAGGAAUUUUGGGGGACGAGUCAUUCAGGGAGGGAGGGACAGAGAAAGCUCGCGCUACAUGUGCCUGGCUGGGGUUCAGAGUAAAGAGUAGAUAAAGACAGAGAAGUGUCUGACAACAACCAUCUGAGGACGAGGGGAAUUGUUGGAGGAAGGGACAGGAAAGCAAACAGAGCUAUUUCAAGAGCAAGCAGUAGAAGGGAACAUAAGAACCCACGGAUUGUCUAAAGUCAACGAGGAAGGGUCCAGAGGCAGUCAGGGAAGGCCAGGACCGGGGCCAAGGUCAGGGCAGGCACGAUCACUGAGGGGAUGAACUUCACAGUGGGUUUCAAGCCGCUGCUAGGGGAUGCACACAGCAUGGACAACCUGGAGAAGCAGCUCAUCUGUCCCAUCUGCCUGGAGAUGUUCUCCAAACCGGUGGUGAUCCUGCCCUGCCAGCACAACCUAUGCCGCAAGUGUGCCAACGACGUCUUCCAGGCCUCGAACCCUCUAUGGCAGUCCCGGGGCUCCACCACGGUGUCUUCGGGGGGCCGUUUCCGCUGCCCAUCUUGCAGGCAUGAGGUUGUCCUGGACAGACAUGGUGUCUAUGGCCUGCAGCGAAACCUGCUAGUGGAGAACAUCAUUGACAUUUACAAGCAGGAGUCUUCCCGGCCACUGCACUCCAAGGCUGAGCAGCACCUCAUGUGUGAGGAGCACGAAGAGGAGAAGAUCAAUAUCUACUGCCUGAGCUGUGAGGUGCCCACCUGCUCCCUCUGUAAGGUCUUCGGCGCCCACAAGGACUGCGAGGUGGCCCCGCUGCCCACCAUUUACAAACGCCAAAAGAGCGAGCUCAGUGAUGGCAUCGCAAUGCUGGUGGCGGGCAACGACCGUGUGCAAGCAGUGAUCACGCAGAUGGAGGAAGUGUGCCAGACCAUCGAGGACAACAGCCGGAGGCAGAAGCAGUUGCUCAACCAGAGGUUCGAGGCCCUGUGUUCCGUGCUGGAGGAGCGCAAGGCAGAGCUGCUGCAGGCGCUGGCCCGAGAGCAGGAGGAGAAGCUGCUGCGAGUCCGGGGUCUCAUCCGCCAGUAUGGAGACCACCUGGAAGCUUCCUCCAAGCUCGUGGAGUCCGCCAUCCAGUCCAUGGAGGAGCCGCAGAUGGCGCUGUACCUCCAGCAGGCCAAGGAGCUGAUCAAUAAGGUCGGGGCGAUGUCGAAAGUGGAGCUGGCGGGACGGCCCGAGCCGGGCUACGAGAGCAUGGAGCAGUUCACCGUGAGCGUGGAGCACGUGGCCGAAAUGCUGAGGACCAUCGACUUCCAGCCGGGCGCUUCCGGGGAGGACGAGGAUGAGGAAGUGGCACUGGACGGGGAAGAGGGAGGCGCGGGGCCAGAAGAAGAGCGGCCGGAGGGGCCGGAAGGCACAGGCGGGCACUGACCCCUAGGUCCUGGAGCUGGGGUCGCGGACAACCUGCGCAGAGACCGCUGCGCCACCCAGCUCGGCGCCCCGCCGUGGGGGAGGGGCUCAAUAAAAGGCUAAUGCGUCCAGA